GCUGAGGUUGUGAUACUCUCCCCUCGCAGCACGUCUGUGAAUCCGAGAUUUCAUUUUUUUUUUCCUUUUUUCUGUGUUCCCUCAUCUACCUCACCACCUAGAAAAACACAUUGUACGAACGCAAAGGCAGAGGCAGGGGUGCCAGCCCAGCCCUCUUAACUUAAGCGAGACACAGAAGCAAGUUGUGAAAGUCUGACGCGAUGACACCGCUCUUCUCACGCGGGAUUAUUUACAGUGUGACAGGAUCGUGGUGCCGUUGGGAAACUGCAGACCUUUAGUAGAAAAUGGGCAAAAUCGGAUUGGGAGAAUUAAAUGAAUAAGCGCUGUGGGCCGAGCGCCUCCCCGGACGCGCUGACGCUGAUGAUGAGGCUCCUGUGCGUCCCAGCCGCCUUGGAUUCAGUGUCUGGUGCUCCGCCGACCAUGACAAAUGUCAACACAACAGCGAUGCCUUGGGGCAGUGACGGCCAGGUGAUCCUUCCCAGCGUCUCAGUCCCAGCGGGAGCUGGAGAAGCCGGGCAGAGUGGCCCCAUGCCAGGGACCAGCGCCUCUCCUGCCACCCUCGCACCCACACCCAGUGAGACUGAAGGGACAUUGCAGACCGCUGACAGCCCCGCACAAGGAGUUGUGUCUGGCUUCGAAGUACAUCCCACCAGUCCAACCAGUGUGGUCCUAACGUGGAAAAAGGAAAACCCAUCGGCCUCGGACUGGUAUAGGAUAGAGGAGGAGACGAGCAACACAGCCGUUAGCACCCAGCAAACGUGGUACAACGUCACGGGCUUGCGUCCGGCGACUACGUACACGUUCUCCAUAUCCCUGGGAAGGGGUAACAAGACCUGGGGAAAGCCCACCUCCAAAAAUGUCACCACAGAGCCUCUUCCGGUGUGGGGCCUGCGCGUGGCCUUCAUGGGGCGCACACAGGUUGUCCUCACCUGGGGCAGCGACAGCAGCACUGCCUCCUGCCGGCUGCUUCUUGAGAGCAUCGGAAGCCAGCAGAUGCUGACCAGCAUUCCAGACCUGCGGCCCGGGUUUCAGCGAGUUAUUCUCAGUCUCCCAGGAUCGGACGAGGCGCAGAGCGAACCCCCGGUUACCCCAAGUGGCUCAGGUGCCGGUGGCAUAGUGAGCAGCACCCCCAUCCCUGCGUAUUGGAGCCUGGAGCACACAGGCCUGGACUCCGACCUGGAGACCCGAGACACAGAAGUCCUGAUCGCGGGGCUGCAGCCCGACGCGCACUACAGCGCCGCUGUGUACCCUCGGGCGGCGGACAGCACAGAGGGACAGCCGCGGGGCGUGGAGUUCCAGACAAACUCCGAGCAGGUGUUUGACAUCAGGGCCGUGAAUGUCAGUGCCACGAGCCUGGGCCUGGCCUGGAAAAUGCGGCACAGCGGGUCGUCCUCUGCCUACACCUAUGGGGUCCACGUGGCCGGGGACGCUGAGUCCUUCAACCUCACCACCCAGGAGCCUUGCGCCGAUGUUGCCGAACUCAGCUCGAGCACCCUGUACCGCAUCACCGUGCACCCCCUGCUGCGAGGGGCGGUGGGCACGCCGGGGUUCCUGCAGGUGUACACCCCCCCUUCUCCGGUCUCUGACCUCCGAGUGCUGAAGGUGGGCCCGAGGGAGAUUGACCUCGCUUGGCACAGCAAUGACUCAGAGUCCUUUAAGAUUGUCACAACCAGGGAGGGAUCUGGAGAAUUUCACAGCCAAAUAGUCCGCCUUGCAGAGGCGCUCAUCCGGGACCUGAAGCCUGCAACCAGCUACUGUUUCACAGUGUUCCCGCUAGGACCCAACGGGACCCAGGGGGAGCGCACGGGCAUUUGCAGUCAGACUGCCUCCAGCGCCGUUUUCGGCCUCCGCGUGGUCACCGUCACCAGCACGGGGAUGGAGCUGGAGUGGCAGAACACAGACCCGGCCUCCGAGUACGUGUACCGCGUGCUGGUCCAGUCGGCCUUCAACUCCAGCGAGAGCCACAGCUCCGGGAGGGCCGCCUCGCUGGGGCCUUGUGCUUGCGGGGCAGGCGGUGGCACCACUGAGCCGAAUCCCCGGCCCCUGGCCUUAUUAUUCUUACUUUUCAAUCCAGGGCCCAGCGAUGUGUCUGACAUUGCAGUCAGCGUGAACACCACGGCGGUAAGCUUGAGCUGGCAGAACGAGGAUGCAGCCUCUCCUGUCUACUCCUACCACCUCCUUAUCGAGAAGGCUGCAGAUGCCAGUGACACCCCGUGGAACAUCACGAACAUCACAGCCAUGCAUGAGACCGUCCCUGGAUUAGAACCCGGCUCACCCUACACCGUGGAGAUCUUUGCAGAAGUCGGGGGCAUCGAGUCCCUAGUUCCUGGCCGGAAGAGCUUCUGCACAGAGUCCGCCCCUGUGAGCGCCUUCCAUUGCGCUGCGGUACCCCGGGAGCCCAGCUUGGUCCUGACCUGGGCGCCCCCUCCUGGUGGCCACACCGGCUUCCAGCUGGGGCUCGGCGGCGGGGCCUGGGACAACGUGACGUGCCUGGGCCAAGGCUCCCCGGACAAUGGCACCGACUGCCGCACGGAAGUCUCGAAUCUGAAUUUCUCCACCGCGUACAAUGUCAGCGUGGCCACCUUGUCCUGCGGGGCCACAGCGGCUGCCACCCACGGCACCUGCCUCACCAGCAUCACAGACCCCCCGGUUCCAGAUGGGUCUCCGAACAUCACGUCUGUGAGCCACAACUCAGUGAGAGUCAAGUUCAGUGGGUUUGAAGACAGCCAUGGCCCCAUCAAAGCCUAUGCCGUGGUCCUCACCACCGGCGAGGCCAGCCGCCCUUCUCCUGAUGUUCUGAGAUACACUUAUGAGGACUUCAGAAAGGGGGCCUCAGAUACCUAUGUGACCUACUUCAUCCACACGGAGGAGAGGGCGUGGUCCCAGGGCGCGUCCGGCGUCUCGAGCUACGAGAUCAACGUCGGCAACGAAUCCACCACGCUGGGCUACUACAACGGGAAGCUGGAGCCACUGGGCUCCUACCGGGCCUGCGUGGCCGGCUUCACCAGCAUCACCUUCAACCUGCAGCACGACGGACUCAUCGACGGGGCCGAGAGCUACGUGUCCUUCAGCCCCUACUCACAGGCUGUUUUCUUGCCCCAGGACCCAGGUGUCAUCUGCGGAGCUGUGUUCGGAUGCAUCUUUGGUGCCCUGGUCAUCGUGGCCGUGGGAGGCUUCAUCUUCUGGAGAAGGAAAAGGAAAGAUGCGAAGAGCAGUGAUGUAUCGUUUUCUCAAAUUAAACCUAAAAAGUCCAAGCUGAUCAGAGUGGAGAAUUUCGAGGCUUACUUUAAGAAGCAGCAGGCCGACUCCAACUGUGGGUUUGCAGAGGAAUACGAAGAUCUGAAGCUGGUUGGAAUCAGUUUGCCUAAAUAUGCAGCUGAGCUGGCCGAGAACAGGGGGAAGAAUCGCUACAACAACGUCCUGCCCUAUGAUAUCUCUCGUGUGAAGCUUUCAGUCCAGACCCACUCUACUGACGACUACAUCAAUGCCAACUACAUGCCCGGCUACCAUUCCAAGAGGGAUUUUAUCGCCACACAAGGACCUCUGCCCAAUACUCUGAAAGACUUUUGGCGUAUGGUGUGGGAGAAAAAUGUACAUGCCAUCGUCAUGUUGACCAAGUGUGUAGAACAGGGAAGGACCAAAUGUGAGGAGUACUGGCCUUCUAAGCAGGCCCAGGACUAUGGGGGUGUAACCGUGGCGAUGACAUCAGAAAUUGUCCUCCCUGAAUGGACCAUCCGAGACUUCACGGUGAAAAAUGUCCAGACGGGUGACAGCCACCGGCUGAGACAGUUCCAUUUCACCUCCUGGCCUGACCACGGCGUCCCGGACACCACAGACCUGCUCGUCAACUUCCGGUGCCUGGUUCGUGAUUACAGGAAGCAGAGUCCUCCGGAGUCCCCGAUUCUGGUGCACUGCAGCGCGGGCGUUGGGAGGACCGGCACUUUCAUUGCCAUCGAUCGUCUCAUCUAUCAGAUGGAGAAUGAGAACACGGUGGAUGUGUAUGGCAUUGUGUACGACCUCCGCAUGCACCGGCCCCUCAUGGUGCAGACAGAGGACCAGUAUGUUUUCCUCAACCAGUGCGUCUUGGAUAUCGUCCGAUCCCAGAGGGACUCCAAAGUGGACCUGAUCUACCAGAACACCACCGCCAUGACCAUCUACGAGAACCUCGAGCCAGUGGGCGUGUUCGGAAAGACCAACGGGUUCAUCGCCUGAGUGCGGAGGAGGCCGGAGCUCGGCCGGAAGUGCCCGCGCAGGCCGGGACAACGCCCGUCCGCCUGUUUUCCUGGUUGUCCCAGACUCAGCUCUGUCCUGUUCCGCU